UUUCUGAUUUUUGUAUUUUUAAAAAUUCUGAUUUCCAUGUAAAAAAUACACAAUUACUAAAUAAAAAUAAAUAAAAACAAAAGAAAUGUGCUGCAAUAUCUACAGUCUUUUUGACACUGCAAAUGCUUUUCUUGGUGAUUUUAUUGCUCGUCAUCCAAUUAGGCAUAUUUUUGCAAGUGUUUGCUUUUUAAUUGUGCUCUCCCUGCAAUUAAUUAAUAUGGACAUUGAAUAUGAUAUUCGAGCGUCUUUUAGCCCUUUAAAUUCAAAAUCAAUGAGGGAAGCUUCUAUCUACAAAGAAUUUUUCAAUCUUUCAACUUCACCCCAACGGGCUUUUAUGCUUUUUAAAGCGAAGGAUGGGGGCACUAUGCUUCGUGAAACACAUUUAAGGGAAGUUUUGCAACUUGAUUCUGAAUUGGAUUCGACGUUGUCUUUGAGGGAUGGAAAAACUGGGUAA